UAUGUUUUGUGGUUAAAAGAAAUAGUAGGCACAAGAAAAUUAAACUAGUGAAGAGGAUGGCCUCAUCAUCAUCUUCAUUUUUCUUUUCUCUCUUGUUCAUCUUUGCAGUUUUCUCAGCAGUGGGAGAAUCAAAGACAAGUUAUUUCCCAGGUGGAAUCAACCUGCAAGCUUCACUGAAGAAACAAUCUGCCAAGCCAAAGCUGCCAUAUGAAGUUCAAUAUUUCCCACAAGUUGUUGACCACUUCAGUUUUAUACCCAGUGGCUACAAAAUCUUCUACCAGAAGUACCUAAUCAACAAGGACUAUUGGCAUAAGGGAGGCCCAAUAUUUGUGUACACUGGGAAUGAAGGAGAUAUUGAUUGGUUUGCUGCAAAUACAGGCUUCAUGCUUGAUAUUGCCCCAAAGUUUCAUGCUCUUCUACUCUUCAUUGAGCAUAGGUUUUAUGGAGAAUCACUGCCAUUUGGGAAACAAUCCUAUAAGUCUGCAAAGACACUGGGGUACUUGAAUUCACAGCAGGCAUUGGCUGAUUAUGCCAUUCUUAUAAGGAGUUUGAAGCAAAAUCUGUCUUCUGAGGCUUCCCCUGUUGUGGUGUUUGGUGGCUCCUAUGGAGGAAUGCUUGCUGCUUGGUUCAGACUCAAAUACCCACACGUGGCAAUUGGUGCAUUGGCAUCUUCAGCCCCAAUCUUGCAAUUUGAUAACAUUACUCCAUGGUCUAGCUUCUAUGAUGCUGUUUCCCAGGACUUCAAGGAUGUGAGCUUGAAUUGUUAUGAAGUGAUAAAGGGGAGUUGGUCAGAAUUAGAUGGUUUAUCAACAGCUGAGGCGACAAAGAUUUUCAGAGCUUGCAAGGAUUUGAAAUUUGUAUAUUCAGCCAAGGAUUGGCUAUCGUCAGCUUUUGUGUAUACAGCAAUGGUGAAUUAUGCUACCGAGGCCAAUUUUAUGAAGCCAUUGCCUGCGUACCCAGUAGAGAAGAUGUGCAAGAUUAUUGAUGGAUUCCCAGCAGGGGCUUCCAAGAUUAGCAGGGCGUUUGCUGCUGCAAGUUUAUAUUACAAUUACUCUGGAACACAAAAGUGUUUCCACAUAGAAGAUGAAUCUGAUGAUCAUGGACUCCAUGGUUGGGACUGGCAGGCAUGUACAGAAAUGGUUAUGCCAAUGGUUGUGUCGGAGGAGAGCAUGUUUCCUCCAUCUUCAUAUAGCUAUGAAGACACAGAAAGGAGCUGCCAAAGGAUGUAUGGAGUGAAGCCCAGACCACACUGGAUCACCACUGAAUUUGGUGGCAAUGGGAUUGAGCAAGUUCUGAAGAGAUUUGGGAGCAACAUCAUUUUCUCUAAUGGAAUGCAGGAUCCAUGGAGUAGAGGGGGAGUGCUGAAAAAUAUAUCAGAUAGCAUAGUGGCACUGGUGACUGAGAAAGGAGCACACCAUGCUGAUUUUAGAUCUGCUACAAAGAAUGACCCAGACUGGCUCAUCCACCAAAGGGAGAAAGAAGUAGACAUUCUCCAGAAGUGGAUUGGGGAGUAUUACAGGGAUAUCAAUCAAAAUUGAACCAACUCUUGAUCCUUGGAAACAUGAACCCCUAAACAAACUAAAACUAGCAAUUCAACAACAAUUUGAACUUUAAACGUAACCAAAGUCUCAUAUUUCCGCUUCUUAAAUAAAUGACCAAAUUAAACAAUGGUUGAUGGAAAAAACAUUUACUUUUAAUUUAUGUUUUUUUUUUAAAUUUUA